AUGUUUAUUAUAAGACUGUGUAAUUCAGGAAAUAUAAAAACGUUAUUUUAUGUUAUAAUAUUCUCUGUGCAUGUGUUACUAAUUUCUGAUUCCUACCAUUUGAAGACCAAGCAGCUCUUCUUGCGACCAUCAAAUGACGCAAAAAGAGCGCUAGUUUUGAAACUGUUAAACAAUAAAUGUAAUUGCAAAUAUGUCGAUAAAGAAUAUGAUGUUAUAGUUAUAGGAGGAGGACACAGCGGAUGUGAAGCUAGUCAUAUAAGCGCAAAAAUGAACGCAAAGACAUUACUGAUUACUCAAAGUAAAAAAAGCAUAGGCGAAAUGUCCUGUAAUCCAUCUAUUGGUGGAAUAGGUAAAGGAAUUUUAGUAAAAGAAAUUGAUGCAUUAGGGGGUUUAAUGGGAAAAGUAAUUGAUAAAAGUGGAAUUCAUUUUAAAAUUUUGAACAUAAGAAAGGGGUUAGCAGUUAGGGGGCACAGGGCACAAGCAGAUAGAGAUUUAUAUAAUUAUUAUAUGAAAGAAUAUUUAUUUAACAUGCCAAAUUUGUACAUACUUGAAAAUACCGUCCACGCAUUAUUAUUAGAGAACACAUCAGGCGGUGCUGGCAGUAUUAGCGAUAGUCAUAGAAGUGGUAAUGCUGAAACUGGUUAUUACCAUGAUCAAGGGAAAAAAGUCUAUGGAGUGAAGAACAAAUGCAAUUGCGAAUUUUACGCAGAUAAUAUUAUAUUAACAACAGGCACCUUUUUAGGAGGUGUGUGUCAUAUUGGAAAGGAAAAAUACUACGGAGGAAGAAUCAAGAGGAUAUCAUCGAAUAUGUCAAAAAAUGAGAUUGGAAUCAGAUUAGACUCGAGUGCGCAAACGAAUGAUACAACCCUAGACAAUUGGGCAAUGGAUAAUACGAAAACUCAGGAAUCUGCAAGAAACAACCAAGUUGAAAAAAACAUGUUUAACGAGGGUAAUUUCACUUUUGCUAGCAGCAGUAUAGAGGAUAAUAAUGGGAACAUACCUUUUGACAAUUUAAUAGAGGCAUCUAGUGAGAAUAUUUCUAACCAGCUAAGAGAAAAUAAAUUCGAAAUAAAAAGAAUGAAAACAGGUACUCCCCCAAGAUUGGAUAAGAAGAGUAUAAAUUUUGAUAUUUUAGAAAAAGAACGAACAGAAGAAAAAAACCCAUUUUAUUUUUCAUUUUUAAAUAGUAAUAAAAUAAAUAAUAACCAAACUUUACCGUGUUAUAAAACAUAUACGAAUUCAAAAACACAUGACCUAGUUAGAAAAAAUUUAAAUGAGUUACCACAUUUUGAUACUUAUGAUAAGUUAGGAAAUGGACCUAGAUAUUGUCCCUCGAUAGCUAAAAAAGUUACAAAAUUUGCGGAAAAAAAAAAACAUCUUAUAUGGUUAGAACCAGAGGGAUUAAAUGAUAAUCUAAUUUAUCCAAACGGUUUAAGUUCAGCCUUCCCUUUACAUAUACAAAAAGAAAUAAUUAAUUCUAUAAAAGGAUUGGAACAAGCAAAAAUUAUUUUCCCUGCAUAUGAUGUCGAAUAUUAUUAUGUUAACCCCAAGUGUUUAAAUUAUACACUUGAGACAAAAAAUAUUAAAGGUUUAUUUUUAUCUGGUCAGAUAUGUGGUACCACAGGAUAUGAAGAAGCAGCAUGUCAAGGAAUUAUUGCUGGAAUAAAUGCAGCAUUAAAUACAAUCAAUAAAAAAAAAAGUACAUACAAAUCUUUCAUAUUAAAGAGAAGUGAUAGUUAUAUAGGUGUCUUAAUACAUGAUUUAAUAAACAAAGGUAUUACAGAACCAUAUAGAAUUUUCACCUCAAGAGCUGAAUAUAGGCUAUACCUAAGACCUGAUAACUGUGAUAUUAGACUUACACCGAAAGCCGACAAAUUAGGAAUAAUAUCCCCUGAGAGAAUUUACAUUUUAAAGCAAAAAUAUAGUUCAGUAAAGAAGUUGAUUUAUAUUUUUAAGAAACUGAUUCUUUGUGACGACAGGCUUAGCGGGCAUGCGGGAGAUGAAGUAGUAGGAGCAGUGAGACAGGAUAUGAGACAGGUAGAGGGGCAGAACGUGAGACAAGAGAAGGGACAAGAAGUGAGACAGGAAGGUAGGCAAGGGGAGGAAUUGAAUAAAGACCACAUCGAAUACAACAAUGCAGUAAAUUCAUUCCAUGUAGAUUUUAGUGAACAUUUCAAGGUGGAUAGCUCAAGCACAGUGACUGGCUCGAAUAUACAUGAUAACGUAAAGCAUGAUGGUAAUUAUACUCAAAGAGGGAAUACUAUUAUUGAUAAAAAUAAAACAGAAGUAACUAAAGGGUUAAGAAAAAGUUCGAGUAACGACACAUCAUUACCAUAUUCAAAAGGGGAUAUCCAUUUACAAUUAACUUUUCCAAAAAAAAAAAAAAAUAUGAACACACUAUACAAUAUCAUAAAAGGUGGAGCAGAAUACCCUUUAGAUGUUUUACUACACAAAUUAAAAGAUAUACAAAAUUUGAGCGAAUAUAAAGAUAUGCUCUUGUCAUAUGAUGAACAGAUCAACCUAAACAUUUAUUCUAAUGAUCAUGAUUAUGAUUUAUCUAUUUUUAACUGUGAAGACACUUUAAUAAAUAGCGCAACGUUAGAAACAGCUUGUGCUGAAGUUAAAUAUUCGCACUAUUUAAAGAAACAAAUUCAAGAGAUACAUAAAAUUAAAGACAAUUUUAACUUGGCCAUUCCGUCAAAUAUAAAAUACGAUAGGCUCACAUUUAUACUCACGUUUCCAACAAUUUCUGACCUCCGUAGGCACAACUUUCCGUAUUUGUCGAACGAAGAAAUUGAAAAGCUAAACAAAUUUAAACCGCGAACUCUGUAUGAUGCUAACAAUAUUGAAGGUGUAACUAUGAGCGCCAUAUAUUAUUUGUACCAUUAUAUAAGAAAUGGGAAAAAUAAAAUAAAAAACUGA